GACAACUAUUGCUAGCCCAACUAGUACAAUAUCAGAAAUAACUUUUUCCACAACAGAAGGUACAACAACCACAGCUCCAACAACAGAAUUUUCCACAAAUUUGUACACAAUAGAAGCUACAACCACCACAGCACCAACAUCUGCACUGACAACUAUUACUAGCCCAACAAGUACAAUAUCAGAAACAACCAUUGCCUCACCAGAAGGUACAACAACCACAGCACCAACAACAGCAGAAACAACUGCAAUGACAACUACUACUAACCCAAAAAGUACAAUAUCAGAAACAACCAUUGCUAAAACAGAAGGUACAACAACCACAGCACCAACAACAGCAGAAACAACUGCAGUGACAACUACUUCUAGCCAAACAAGUACAAGAUCAGAUUCAACUUUUGCCUCAACAGAAGGUACAACAACCACAGCACCAACAACAGCAGAAACAACCACAGUGACAACUACUACUAGCCCAACAAGUACAAUAUCAGAAACAACCUUUGCCACAAUAGAAGGUACAACAACCAGAGCACCAAAAACAGAAUUUACCACAAAUUUGUACACAACAGAAGCUACAACAACCACAGUACCAACAUCUGCAGUGACGACUACUACUAGCCCAACAAGUACAAUAUCAGAAACAACAUUUGCCACAACAGAAGGUACAACAACCACAGCACCAACAACAGCAGAAACAACUACAGUGACAACCAUUACUAGCCGACCAAGUACAAUAUCAGAAACAACUUUUGCCACAACAGAAGGUACAACAACCACAGCACCAAGAACAGCAGAAACAACUACAGUGACAACUACUACUAGCCCAACAAGUACGAUAUCAGAAACAACCUUUGCCACAACCGAAGGUCCAACAACCACAGCAGCAACAACAGCUGACACAAGUGCAGUGACAACUACUACUAGCCCAACAAGUACACGAUCAGAAACAACUAUUGCCACAUCAGAAGGUACAACAAUCAAAACACCAACAACAGCAGAAACAACUGCAGUGAGAACUACUACUAGCCCAACAAGUACAAUAUCAGAAACAACCUUUGCCACAACAGAAGGUACAACAACCAGAGCACCAAAAACAGAAUUUACCACAAAUUUGUACACAACAGAAGCUACAACAACCACAGCACCAACAUCUUCAGUGACGACUACUACUAGCCCAACAAGCACAAUAUCAGAAACAACCUUUGCCACAAAAGAAGGUACAACAACCACAGCACCAACAACAGCAGAAACAACUACAGUGACAACCAUUACUAGCCGACCCAGUACAAUAUCAGAAACAACUUUUGCCACAACAGAAGGUACAACAACCACAGCAGCAACAACAGCUGACACAACUGCAGUGACAACUACUACUAGCCCAACAAGUUCAAUAUCAGAAACAACUUUUACCACAUCACAAGGUACAACAACCACAGCACCAACAACAGCAGAAACAACCACAGUGACAACUACUACUAGCCCAACAAGUACACCAUCAGAAACAACUAUUGCCACAUCAGAAGGUACAACAACCAGAACACCAACAACAGCAGAAACAACUGCAGUGCCAACUACUACUAGCCCAACAAGUACAAUAUCAGAAACAACCUUUGCCACAACAGAAGGUACAACAACCACAGCACCAACAACAGCAGAAACAACUGAAGCGACAACUACUACUAGCCCAACAAGUACAAUACCAGAAACAAUCUUUGCCACAACAGAAGGUACAACAACCACAGCACCAAAAACAGAAUUUACCACAAAUUUGUACACAACAGAAGCUACAACAACCACAGCACCAACAUCUGCAGUGACGACUACUACUAGCCCAACAAGUACAAUAUCACAAACAACCUUUGCCACAACAGAAGGUACAACAACCACAGCACCAACAACAGCAGAAACAACUACAGUGACAACUACUACUAGCCCAACAAGUACAAUAUCAGAAACAACAUUUGCCAUAAUAGAAGGUACAACAACCACAGCACCAACAACAGCAGAAACAACUGAAGUGACAACUACUACUAGCGCAACAAGUACACGAUCAGAAACAACUAUUGCCACAUCAGAAGGUACAACAACCAAAACACCAACAACAGCAGAAACAACUGCAGUGCCAACUACUACUAGCCCAACAAGGACAAUAUCAGAAUCAACCUUUGCCACAACAGAAGGUACAACAACCACAGCACCAACAACAGCAGAAACAACUGAAGCGACAACUACUACUAGCCCAACAAGUACAAUACCAGAAACAAUCUUUGCCACAACAGAAGGUACAACAACCACAGCACCAAAAACAGAAUUUACCACAAAUUUGUACACAACAGAAGCUACAACAACCACAGCACCAACAUCCGGAGUGACAACUGUUACUAGCCCAACAAGUACAAUAUCAGAAAAAACGUUUGCGUAA